UCUGACUCCCACCGCUUCAUCUCCCACGGUAGCAUCUCCUCCAUCUAAAGCUGCAGCUCCAACUCCGAUGGCUACACCUCCCGUAACCACUCCUCCUGCGGCUACACCACCGAAAGGUCAUGGAGUUCCUCCUCCGCAGUUCUGUCCUCGAUUCUGUCAUCAAGAAAACCCUAACCGCCCUCCCUCUCUCCCCUGUCAAACCCCGCCUCAAGAAAACCCUCCUCCUCCGCACCCUUCAAACCCUCAUCCGUACAACCACAGUAUCGGCAAGAAGCGUGGGAUCUCUGGUUUCUGAAAUUCCUAUGCUGUGAGCGUUUGAGAGAUUUGUUUUUUUUGUCUCUUUCUAUUUGUUCUGGAUGAGGAGUGUGUUGAAUUUUGUGGAGGAGAAGUUUUUGUGCUAGCGAGGGUGUGUUGAAAUUCAGAAGAUGUAAUAGGAUAGAGCCUGACGAAAACUAGCAAGGAGGGAGGUUUUUGGUAUUUUUUGGACAAGCUGCAGGAUGCCUUCUGAAAUCAUGGAGAAGAGGGGUGCUUCUGCCCCAUCUCGCGUGUAUCCAUAUUUAUGUUUUUGGGAGCAAGAUUGGCACCAAUGCUGCCUCACGUGACUGUUUUAUUAUUACUGCCAUAUGUUUUGCUUGUUUAAUUGCUUGCAUGCCUGUUUUUAUGCUUUGCUUAUAGAUCUAUUGGGUGUGUAGACAAAAAGGAUCUAUUGCAAUUUUUAGAAAGCUUAAGGGCCUCACCUGGAUCUAAAGUUUAAGGUGACUUCUUCAAAAGGAGGUGCAAUUUUGCGUGAUGGAAGAGAAAUACUUUUUCAGCGAAAGGGCAAAACAAAGUAUAAGACCUUGCUUUGAUUUGCUUCCCUUUUCUUGUUGUCGUGUCAACCAUGGCGUCGUUUGGGUCUCUGAAAUCCACCAUUUUCGAAAAAGAAGAGAGAAAACAGCAGUAUCAGUCGCAUAUUCGAGGCCUCAAUGCAUACGACCGUCACAAAAAAUUCAUGGACGAUUACGUUAAAUUUUAUGGAAAAGAAAGACCGUCAAACCUAAAGUUGCCUAUUAAAACAGAUCAAGAUACACUAAGAGAAGGAUACAGAUUCAUCCGGUCAGAGGAAGAUGAUAUGAAUCCAUCGUGGGAACAAAGGCUGGUGAAGCGUUAUUAUGACAAGCUUUUUAAGGAAUACUGCCUAGCUGACAUGUCACAGUACAAGAGUGGUAAGAUUGGUCUCAGGUGGAGGACAGAGAAGGAAGUCAUAUCUGGCAAGGGCCAGUUAAUAUGUGGUAACAAGCAUUGCAAUGAGAAAGAUGGGUUAGCAAGCUAUGAGGUGAACUUUUGUUACUUUGAAGCUGGAGAAAACAAACAAGCCCUAGUUAAAUUGGUAACAUGUGAGAGGUGUGCAUUCAAACUCAACUACAAGAGGCAAAAAGAAAAGGAGCUGUUAGAAAAAAGACAAGAAGAACAGGAUAGACGAAAGAGGAAUCGUUCAAAGAGUGAUGAUGAUCUAGAUGACUUCCAAGAAAGCAAAGAGAGAAGGCGGAAAGGGAAAAAGGCUUUGACUUCAGCCAGUGAUCAUAAAAUUGAUGACGAUGAUGAUAACUUAGAUGAGUUUCUUGAGGGGAUGUUUCCGUGAUCUUGGCUGAUUUGAUUGCCAUACCUGAAAAGUGCUUCCAGGCGCCAAAGCUGGGCAAAUAGAAACGGUUAGGCAGUGGUGGAGACAAGUGGGUGAUCUGUAGGUAGAUGUCUAAAAUAUAGGAAACAUGGUGACCAAAUGGUUCUUGACAAAAUUAUUCACCCUGUUGUAUCCUUCAAAAUUAUGUCCAUUUAUGCAGACUAUAACAGUUCAGCAUGCUAGUUGAGUUUCUAUUAUGUACAGUUUGUAUAGUCUUUUCAUCUGCCAAUAAUGAAAAUUGCGUAGCUGAAUGAGCUGCUGCUUGAUUAUCAUGAA